CUUGAAAAAAUAAAACUUUCCUCAACUUCUAUACCGGUGUUCCGGCUAGUGAAAAUUUCUAGCUCCUCUAACCCUAACUUCGCUGAUCAAUCAAUUUUAGUUACAAUUAGUUGGUGUUAACUACGGGUUUUCACUUAUUUGCAGCGAUCUUGUCAAAGAUGACUCAUUCGCGAACAAAAUUGAAGAAAUUCGGAAAGCUAUCUGAGUCCUCUUUGAAAAGAAAUAUGGAGUUGGAUAGAAUUAGCAACUUACCAAGUGACGUUUCAGAACAAAUUUUGUCAUUUUUGCCUAUUAAGGAGGCGGUGAAGACAAGUGUUUUAUCCAGCAGGUGGAGGUACAAAACGGCUACACUUCCACAUCUUGUGUUUGAUAAUCAGUGUUUUCCGACCAAACCCUUUACAACCUUCGAGCACAUUGUUGAUCAAUUACUUGUACUUCAUGUUGGCCCCAUACACACAUUCAGGCUUGUCCAUGAAGUUCCUACAGCAACUGGUCAUAUUGUUCGAUGGAUUCUUCAUCUAUCAAGAAAUGCUAUCAAGGAGUUCAUACUUGAUGUUUGGAGAAAGAAUCCCUACAAGAUGCCUUCAUGUUUUUAUUCUUGUCAAGAUUUGGUUAGGUUGACGUUAUAUAAUUGUUUACUUAAACCGCCUUCCACAUUCAAAGGCUUCAGGAGUUUGAAGAACCUUUAUAUUCGUGAAGUUACAAUUGCCCAAGAUGUAUUGCAAGCUCUGAUUGAUUGCUCUUCUCUUCUUGAGAGAUUAGCUUUGAGAACAUGUAGCGGAAUUAGCCACCAUAAGAUUAAUGCACCAAACGUCCAAUUCUUUGACUUUGCAGGCUCGUUUGAAAAUUUAAAUCUUGAGAAUAUGUUAAAUCUUGUUGAAAUUUUCAUUGAUUUGGACUGUGUGAUUCCGUUAGAUUGGUUCCUAAUAGUUCUAGCCAUUUGGUCAAGUUUUUUGUUCACCUGCCACUUGUUCGAAGGAUCACAAUUCAGAGUGACUUUUUACAGGUAAUGAAUUGUGUGGUUUCAUACUUUAGUUUCAGGAUGAUUUACACGGCCAUGGGAAUUUGAGCAUAUUCAUUGAUUCUUCUGCUUUCUGCUCCCGUAUUUGGCUGAAGGCGCCUCGCCAGAAAAGCUUUCCAAACCAUGUCUAUGUCUGAAUUUUAUUUCCAUAACCAUUGGCUUCUGUUAUGUGGACGAAGUCUUAACUGCUCUAUGCCUUCUAGGAAGCGCCCCUGCUCUUCAAGAACUAAAAAUUCAGGCCAGUGUUUAUGGCGAGGACUCUGAGCAAGAAGUGAACUCUUGGUAUGAUGACAACCAGAACUGCCAGCUAAUUGCGACUUGUGACAACCACCAAUGUUUCUGGUUUCAAAGCUGAACUAGAUAUCAUCAGAUUUCUGCUUUCAUGUUCACCUGUGCUUGAGAGGAUGACCGAUGAGCCUGCUUCUGAUGUUGUUUCUUCAACAACAACAACGACAACAACAAAGCCUUUUCCCACUAAGUGGGAUCGGCUAUGUGAAUCCUAGAACGCCAUUGCGCUUGGUUUUGUGUCAUGUCCUCCGUUAGAUCCAAGUA